UACAUAUGUGAUUGUGAAAUAAUGUGAAACGCAUUCGACUGUAUUUGUCUAUUCAAAUUGCAUCAGACAAUUACGUUUGCAAAAAGUGAAAGGAUUGCAAAACACUAUAAAGUUGCAAUAAAUCGAUUUCUGCCAAUCAGGCUAGAUGUAGAAUUAUUGGUAACAGGAAAAACAAACAGGAACCCAAAUUUAGCGGGUUAUUUAGCGAACGAAUUUCGAAAGUGUGAAUAUUUUGAUAUUUAUUGAUAAAUUUAAAGUAAAAAAGAAUUGAAUAAAAGAGCAAAUAAAAAGCAUACGUACAUUGCGUUUUGUUCACAAAAAUGAAAUAAACCGAAGGUCUAUGGCCAUUCUUGGCAUCAAACAUAAAUAAACAUGUCCUCAACUUUCAAGAUUAUGGAUUGUGGUCUUAUAAGUCUCUUCGAUUCCGAUGAGGGAAAUCACGAAGCAGACAAAUACAACAACAACCGUCCAGUUCGAGGCAAUGGAUCAAAGAUCCGGAAAACUUUUGUAAAAGCAAAUGGUAGCAUACAUAAAAGAAGCAGUGAAAGCGGAAGCAGCAGCAGCAGCGAAGGCGAAAUAGAUUUGCAAAAUAAUAAAAUUAUUAUUGAUUUUGAUCAGGGUAUUUUACCACCCGAACCACAAUUGGGAAAUAUUGAGUACAAACUAAAAUUAAUUAGUCCAUCGAAGCAUCGGUUCGAACAUCUUGUAACUCAAAUGAAAUGGAGACUGCGCGAAGGAAAUGGUGAAGCUGUUUACGAAAUCGGGGUAUCUGAUUCAGGGCAUUUACAUGGACUUAAUGAAAAAGACAUGAGUGCCUCCUUGGCCACACUAAAACAAAUGGCGCAAAAGUUAGGCGCUAGUACCUCAGUUUUACGACGAAAAUAUAUAGCAACACGAAGAUCUGUUGCCGAAGUUUUAGUUCGUAAAAUACCUGAUGAUCAACAUAAUAUAGAAAUUCGUGUUGCUGUACUGGGGGGCGCGGAGGCAGGGAAAUCCACACUACUAGGUGUGCUUACGCAAGGUGAAUUCGACAAUGGCCGUGGUUUGGCACGGCUUAUUAUGUUUAGACAUAUGCACGAAAUACAAUCGGGUCGCACUUCAAGUAUAUCACAUGAAACUCUUGGUUUCGAUUCGCAGGGAACAAUCAUAAACUACAAAUAUAAUGAAUUGACGACUGCCGAGGAAAUUAGCGACCGCUCUACAAAACUGGUAACGUUUCUAGAUUUGGCUGGUCAUAGACGAUACAUGCGAACAACAGUGCAGGCACUGUUGGGUUACUCACCGCAUUACGCCAUGUUAGUGGUGUCAGCUGGCAGCGGUUGUACUGGUACUAGUAAGGAGCAUCUAUCUAUUGUCCGAGCCUUGGAUAUGCCAUUCUUCAUCGUUGUUACCAAGACCGAUAUAACAAGUCCGGAACAGACAGUACAAGAAUUACGGCAGGUUCUUACAUCAGCGGGAUGCCGGAAGUUGCCAUUUAUUGUCACAAAUGCUGAUGAGGCUAUCUCAGCAGCGUCUAAUCAAGUUUCCGAAAAUAUUGUUCCCAUAUUUUGUGUUUCAAACGUUACCGGCGCAGGUCUUAGUCUGCUUACAAAGUUUCUAUACGUUCUGUCACCCAGCAUUAGUAAUCUGGAAAAAGAACGUCUGGAACAGGAAUCAAGUGAAUUUCAUAUCGAUGAGAUUUUUCGAGUAACCGAAGUUGGUCCAGUAGUUGGCGGUUUGCUCGUAAAAGGAGUACUCACGGAAAACAUGCAAAUGAAAAUUGGACCUUUACAUGACGGUAGUUUUCAUACUGUUAAUGUGCACACAAUUCAUCGAAACAAAGCUCCAUGUAGGAUGGUACGAGCGGGGCAAAGUGCAUCUUUAUCAUUUAUCCCAAACCAGACGUUGCCGCUACUUAGAAGUGGAAUGACGUUGCUGGGCGAUACUGGCGAUCCUGAAGAGGAACCGUACGGCACACUCCUUUUUCAGGCAGAAGUGUCUGUUCUCUUUCACGCUACAGCAAUUUACGUAGGCUUUCAGACGACUAUACACAUAGGCAGCAUCCGGCAAACAGCAAUUAUUCGAGCAAUAGAAGAGCGUGAAAAAAUGGGUACCAAUGAUAGUGCUUUGGUUUUGUUUGAAUUUGUUGGACAUCCUGAGUAUGUUCGACCGGGCGUACGCAUGUUAUUUCGUGAAGGCACAAGUAAGGGCAUCGGUGUAGUUACAAAAGUUUUUCCUCUCAACAAAUCAGGCGGAUAAAUUUAUUUCAAUGUGUAAAUAUUCUUAGUUAAACUGACUUGAAAAAUUUGUAAGGUAUUAUAAAUGUUAUAUUGACCUAUACCUCAAUCACUAUUAUGUAAUUACAUUUUUAUAAUCUGCAUAUAAUUGAAUGUGGAUUAAAUUUUUACGAAAAUACUUCAAGUAAGUAUAUGAGUUCUAGUCAUAAAUAUUUUUGCCUAGACAUACUUAAUAGAAUUUUCAAUUCGAACAUAUAAUUAAUGAUCUAAAGAUAUUACGGUAUUUUAAUUCAAAAAAAAUAUUUUCGAAUAACAUUUGUAAUAGCUCAGCUAGAAAACAAUUUUGAUUGUAUUUUUCAUUACAUAAUUAGACAUAGAAAAAAUGUUUUGAAUAAGAUUUUGUGUAUUUAUACAAAUCUAUAGCAUUUUAUUUCGGUGAAUUUAUACAUAUCACAAACGACUCGCUUAUGUAAAAAGAAUGGUUUCAAAAUUAUUUUAAAAGUUUUUACUUAUAUACUGUUUUUUUCAUUUAAUUUGCAAAAAUUUAUAGUCGCAAGCUGUAGAUGUUGCAUGUAAAUUUGUAUGUAAUAUAUUUCUCUUUAGUUUGAGGUCAUAGAAUACCAUCGUCAUAAAGAAAAAAUUAACAAAAUACCAUAUUUUAACUGUAAUACCAGCAUAAAAUACUUAUGUACAUUUUUACUACUACCUUGGUUGUUCUUUUUGACUUGAAUAAAAAGUGUGAAAUUAUACCCUAAUUUAUAAAGAAA